UAUAAAUUAAGCUUGAGAGACAUGUUUCCUUUCAUUCAUUAUUUGGUGGUUUUAAAAAAGUUUCCAAUAUGAAGUUACUCGUGAUAUUCAGUGUGAUCAGCGUCAUUUAUGCCUCACCAAUCACAGAACAUCAAAGAUGGAACUUGAUACCAGAUGAAGACGGAAAAUUGCAUGUGAUUGAUGCCAAUCCGAUUGAAGAUGUUGAACCAAGAUUUAAUCCGGAAACUGACACGCGUUUCAUGUUAUUUACUAGAAAUAAUCCAACAACUGGUCAACAACUUUCUAACUCUGCUGGCGUCAUCGGAAGUUCUAAUUUCAAUGCAGCAUGGCCAGUGAGAGUUUUAAUUCACGGAUGGAACUCAGGAUUAUCAUCUGGUCUUAAUACUCGACCAACUGCCAGUUAUCUUCAAUUAGGAAAUUUCAAUGUCAUCCAAGUUGAUUGGAGUAUUGGUGCAGGAACAGUAAAUUACAUUACCGCUAGAAAUAGAGUUGGCCUUGUUGCAGACGUUCUAUCCAACUUCUUAAACUUUUUGGUUGACAAUGGAUUUACUGACAUGUCUAGAAUUUCUAUUGCCGGACACAGUCUUGGUGCUCAUAUUGCUGGUCUUACAGGAAAACGUGUUCAAACUAUCGGAAGAAGAAUUCAAGUCAUUUGGGGAUUAGAUCCAGCCGGUCCACUCUUCAACAUGAACAACCCCAAUGAACGAUUGGAUGCAGAGGAUGCAGUUUACACAGAAGGUAUCCGUACGAACAUAGGGGGUUCAGGAUUUCCUGAUCCUUUCUGCCAUGCAGACUUCUAUCCAAACGGGGGUGACAAUCAGCCAGGAUGCUUAGUUGAUGUUACUGGAUCAUGCAGUCAUUCAAGAGCUCACGAAUUAUUUGCCGAAACAAUUAUAAGUAAUCGUUUUGUUGCUGUAAGAUGUAAUACAUUUGCUGAUGCAACAAAUUCAAGAUGCACAGGAGCACGAGAAGCAUCUAUGGGAGGAGAACCUGGAAAUGUUGGAUUGAGAGGAAUCUUCCAUUUGAGCACCAACCGUAAUUCACCAUUUGCAAUGGGAUAAAUUACUUGAUUUUUGUAUCAAAAAAUUUGUAAUAAAAUUCUUUAUGGGUAAAGC